AUGGAGCACCAUGAUCCCGUUGUACAAGAACAAAGGGGCUAUCCAAAGUUGCAACAAUUAUGUAUCAAGCUAUUGAGCCAUGCGAUGAAAGUUUGGGAGAGAGUGGUAGAAGUGAGGAUGAGGAUGAUAGUGUCUAUUUCGGAGAACCAGUUUGGAUCCAUGCUGGGGCGUUCGACUACAGAAGCCAUUCACCUUGUGAGGAGGUUGGUGGAGCAGUAUAGGGAGAAGAAGAGAGACUUGCACAUGGUGUUUGUUGACCUAGAAAAGGCUUACGACGAAGUCCCAAGGGAGGUGUUAUGGAGAUGUCUGGAAGCUAGAGGUGUUCUUGUAUCAUGCAUUAGAGCGACUAAGCACAUGUAUGAUGGAGCCAAGACCCGAGAGAGGACAGUUGGAGGUGACUCAGAACACUUCCCAGUCACGAUGGGUCUGCAAAAGGGGUCCGCUCUUAGCCUCUUUUUGUUUGCAUUGAAGAUGGACACUAACGCGCCAUAUUCAAGGAGAGGUGCCGUGGUGCAUGUUGUUUGCAGAUGA